AGCCGAGGCCUUGAACUCGCCGUGGAGCCCGGGCGGACUGGGAACUCCCGGCGAACUCUCCUGCCUCAGCCUCCCGAGUUUUCCCUCCGAGUGGCCCCGCCAGCCCGGGAGAUCGAGGCCAGCUCAGCCGCAGGCGCUCCGGGCUCCGGGGGGAUCCUCGCGGGCUCCCGACAGCCCAGGGGCAGGACCUGAUGCGGAGCAGAGCGGCAGUCCCCGGGCGGGGAUGGGCUCGGAGCAGGAAGACAGCAAGCCCAUCACGCUGGACACAACUGACUUCCAGGAGAGCUUUGUCACCUCUGGCGUGUUCAGUGUGACCGAACUCAUCCAAGUGUCUCGGACACCUGUGGUGACCGGAACCGGUCCCAACUUCUCUCUGGGAGAGCUGCAGGGACAUUUGGCCUACGACCUGAAUCCAGCCAGCACCGGCAUGAGAAGAACGCUCCCCAGCACCUCCUCCAGUGGGAGCAAGAGGCACAAAUCGGGCUCCAUGGAGGAGGACGUGGACACGAGCCCCGGCGGAGACUAUUACACUUCGCCCAGUUCUCCCACGAGUAGCAGCCGCAACUGGACGGAGGAUAUGGAAGGAGGCAUCUCCUCCCCGGUGAAGAAGACAGAGAUGGACAAGUCCCCGUUCCACAGCCCGUCCCCGCAGGACUCGCCGCGCCUCUCCAGCUUCACCCAGCACCACCGGCCGGUCAUCGCGGUGCACAGCGGGAUCACCCGGAGCCCCCACCCGCCCUCGGCCCUGCAUUUCCCCACCACCUCCAUCCUGCCCCAGACGGCCUCCACCUACUUCCCGCACACCGCCAUCCGCUACCCGCCCCACCUCAACCCCCAGGACCCGCUCAAAGAUCUCGUCUCGCUGGCCUGUGACCCGGCCAGCCAGCAGCCCGGACCGUUAAACGGAAGUGGCCAGCUCAAAAUGUCCAGUUACUGCGUCCCCACCUCGAUGCUGGCCCCUCCGCCCCUGGCGCUGUCCCCGGCUACCAAACCCACUGCCACCUCCCAGCGACGAGCCACACCGCAGAUCUCGCCCACCUACGCUCCGCCCGACACGCCCCCUGCAAACCGUUCCUUUGUGGGAUUAGGACCAAGGGAUCCUGCGGGCAUUUAUCAGGCACAGUCCUGGUACCUGGGGUAGCCGAGGUCUCCGCUGGUUCCACGCCUCCUCCAUCAACCUGGGCAUCGCAGGGCAGCGCCGCCAGCCCCCCUCCCCUGGCCCACGUUUUCGGCGGAAAAUCAGAGCGAGCAAAAAACACCCUGCCGAGUCACAGCCCGGCCAAAAGGACACCACACAGACCUAUGCACGCAGGAGGAAAAGAAAAGAG